CGGCGGGAGUCGGACUCGGAGGAGGAGAGCUCGCUGGACUGCGGGCUGAAGCUGAAGAAGGUGAGCUUCGUGGAGCGGGCCGAGCGGCGCGGGGAGCCCGGCGGAGGCGGCGGUGGAGGCGCCGAGGACGAGCCUUUCCUCGAGGAGGGCAGUCCCACCAUGGUGGAGAAGGGCAUGGACCCCGCCGCAGUCUUCGAGCUCUGCGAGGAUGACGACGAGGCCGAAGGGCCCUCAGGGAGCCCGGCAAAGGCGGCGGAGCCGGCGGUGGUGCCGCGGGCCGGCCGGAGGAGGCGGGAGGAGGAGGACGGAGAGGAGGAAGGGCGGAGGCGCAACCGGGCGUCGUGGAUCGACCCGCCCGAGGAGGAUUACUCCACGCAGCUGACGCAGGCCGAGGUGGAGAGCUGCAUGAAGAAGUAUGAGGACACCUUCCAGGACUACCAGGAGAUGUUCAUCCAGUUCGGGUACGUGGUGCUGUUCUCCUCGGCCUUCCCCCUGGCCGCCAUGUGCGCCCUGGUCAACAACGUCAUCGAGAUCCGCAGCGACGCCUUCAAGCUCUGCACGGGGCUGCAGAGACCCUUCGGGCAGCGCGUCGAGAGCAUCGGCCAGUGGCAGAAGGUGAUGGAGGCCAUGGGCGUCCUGGCCAUCGUGGUCAACUGUUACCUGAUCGCCCAGUGCGGGCAGCUCCAGAGGCUCUUCCCCUGGCUCAGCCCCGAGGGAGCCAUCAUCUCCGUGGUGGUGCUGGAGCACUUCGCCCUGUUCCUGAAGUACAUCAUCCAAGUGGCCAUUCCCGACAUUCCUGCCUGGGUGGCCGAGGAGAUGGCCAAGCUGGAAUACCAGCGGCGAGAGGCCUUCAAGAAGCACGAGCGGCAGGCACAGCACCACUUCCAGCAGCAGCAGCGGCGCAAGCGGGAGGAGGAGGAGCGGCAGCGCCACGCCGAGUACCAGGCGCGCAAGGAGCGCGAAUCCAGCCGGGAUGAGGCCAAGCCCGAGGCCGCCGGGCAGGACCCGGCCCACGAGAAGAGCCAGAGCAAAGGGAAGGGCUCCGGGGGCUCCUCGCACAGCUCCGACAAGCCCAAGCGCCCCAGCUCCCUCCUGGCCACCAACAACGUGAUGAAGCUGAAGCAGAUCAUCCCCCUGCAGGGCAAGUUCCUGUCGGGAGGGGCCGGCGCCGGCGGCACGGCCACCGCCAGGUCCCCGCAGUCGCCCACCGGCAGCGAGAACAAGCUGCCAGGAUUCCUCAGCUUCAAGUUCCUCAAAUCCCCGGAGACUAAGCGGGACGCGGGAACCGAGAAGGUCCAGUCCCCCACCAAGCCAUUCAACCCCGGCAAGCUCUUCAACUUCGGCAAGUCCGAAGGGGCCGCGGGCAACGGCACCACGGCCGGGGCGUCCCCGCAGCCCCGGCCCGGCCCCUCGGCAGACCCCGAGCGCUCGGUACCCAGCAAGUCCCACCUCAAUGGGGCGGCGGAGGAAGGGGGCCGUGAGGAGCCGGAGAGCCGGGCGGAGGAGGAGAGCGGGGGUUAUAGGCUCUAACCGGGGCUUUCGGGGGGGCUGGAGCGCGGGGGGCCGCCCGCUCCCUCCUCCGGGCAGCCGUGGCCAUCGGCAGCCUCUCGCCCCCCCUCGCCGUCCCCCCGCUCGGGGCCAGGCCGAGCCCACCGGCCGCCAGCCCCUUGCUCUGCCCCGGCCCCCUCUGCUGCGUCCCCUCGUGUCCCCCCGGCCCCUCCGCCGGGACCCGCUGCCACCCCGGAUCCCGCGCCGAGGAUUCCUGAGCGGCGGGGUGGAUGGAGCAUC